AUGCACGUCCUCUCCGAGCCAGACGUAGCCCAGAUUUUCCGCAGCCUGACUCAAAAACAAAGCCAUGGACUCAUCACCGCACUCGGUGAAGCCCUGAUUGCCAUCUCUGCUGAGUCCAAAUCGACAGCUCCGGCAUCGGAGCAGCUCAUCCACCAGCCAUUGCGCACCGUGUUCACCACCAAAGAUCAGAACACCUGCAUAUUCAUGCCGGUCUCCGACACUGCCAGCACCGGUAUCAAGAUUGUCACCGUCAGCAGCAGUGGGAUUCGUGGGGUCAUCAAUGUCUUCUCGCCAGAGGGUCGCUUGCAGGGUCUUCUCGCUGCGGCGGAAGUGACGGCCUUUCGCACGGCGCUGGCCACGAUGACCCUCUUCGUGAGGUGUACAGCAAUCUCUAAAGAAACCAUUCUUAUUUUCGGAUCUGGUCGCCAGGCGGAAUGGCAUGCCCGACUGGCUCUGUUGCUGUACCCGGACCAGAUCCGUCGCAUCACCUUCGUGAACCGGGGUUGGAAGCGUCUGGAGGAAACGGAGCGCGAUGUCAUUGCUCCUCUGCGCCAGAGUCACUCGCAUGUGGAAUUUGCUACGCUCGCCAAGGAGGGCGUGGAUGACUACGAGGCCCGACUCACCGCAGAACUAGCAGCUUGCGACGUGAUCUUCAGCUGCACUCCAUCGCCUGCACCCAACUUCUCGUUCUCUGCGCUCCAAGCUGCUCCGAAACAGCGAUUUAUCUCCCUCAUCGGCUCAUACAAGCCGCAUAUGCAUGAGAUUGAUACCGACACGCUCUUGUCAGGGGGUGGGAAGAUCUACGUCGACUCCAAGACCGCUUGUCUCGAGGAGGCAGGCGAGCUCAUCACCGCGCAGAUCCACGAGGAGCAGUUGACCGAAAUGGGCGAUUUACUGGGGGCGCUGGGGCCAGGCGGUGCGCUGGACGUGCGCCCGGAUUGCAAUGUCAUCUACAAAUGCGUGGGCAUGGGACUCAUGGACCUGGUGGUGGGGAAGAAGGUGCUAGAGGUUGGGCGCGAGAUGGGCCUGGGCACGCACGUCGAGGGAUUCUGA